CACGUGACGCGACGGAAGUGAUGCUGACAAGUCAAGAGAAGUAACGUGAACGUCUCAUAAACUUCGGUUUCACUUUUGCAGCCAUGUCAGUGUUGUUUUUGGCUACAAAACCUGAUGCUAACGCGACAUACCUUGUGGAUUUAACCAACUGGAAAGACCCCCCGUCGAGCCUCGUCAGUCAGCAGAGGAGCUAGGUGAAGGAGGAUGGAUGGCGUCAGCUGGAGCACUACAAGGGCCCAGGAGUCGUUCAGCCGCUCCAAGACGGCAUCAGACACUCUGUCCAGGCUCGCCAGCUUCAUUGCACGGGCUGACCCAAAGCAGCACACACAGAACCAGAGGCAGCAGCCAUCCCACAUGGCCACGUAUGUGUGUAAGGAAUGUGGUAAGGGUUUCCCUUAUGCCACAGAUAUGUUGCAUCACCAGGAACUGAAACACACAUUACCCAAGCCUCACCGGUGUCCAUCCUGUGGGCAGGAGUUCUCCCUGAAGUCCUCCUUACAACUUCAUAAGUGCAAUCAUGACUCUUCCCCAUGUGAGCUUUGUCCUGCAGAAUCACAGCCGGGUUCUCCGUGCCCCUCCUGCACAGCCUCAGAUCCCGGCAGGCUGCAGGACGCGUCGCUUCACCGCCAGCCUCGCCUCCCGGACGGUAGCGCUUAUUCGUGUGCCCCAUGUGGGAGAGGCUUCAGCCAGAAGCAGGCUCUGCUGCACCAUCAGCAAGCUGGUUGUAAUGAACCACCAUCGCCAUCAGAUAUAGUUGAUGCAAGUAGCCUUCCAGAUAAUUCUCCAAUUUCUAAAGGGGGCUUGAACCGCUCGGAUUCCUCAGUCACCCCGGGGCCCAGCAGCGGAGCUGUCAGUGUGUGCCUAGUCUGUUCAACAACGUUCCGCACAGAGGUUGGGCUGCAACGCCACAAACAGACUUACCAUGCAGAACAGGGGCAUAAAACCAAAGGAGGAGGUACUGGUGGAGAAGCGAGGAAAGGAGGGAAUUCCAAGGUGAAUGGAGAUCUAAUUAAAAUGCCAAAAUCCAAAACAAAGCUUCUAGACUGUCGCUCUUGCGACAUGGUUUUCAGGAGCACCUCUAAGCUGUACAUGCACAGAAAAGAGAAGCACAGCAGAGAGAAAAACGUUAUGACAGAACCAAGGCCGAUCACCAUCAAGCGUAGGAAAGUACACUCGUAUCCAUGUCAGAUCUGCCGCAAAGUCUUCUUGCAUCAUUUGUCACUUAGAGCACAUUACAGACAGCACACAGCAUCAAGCUCCACCACAAUCCAAAACAAAAGUCAGCCUGUAGGAUCUACCACCAAAGACUCAGAGUUCUUAGAAAAUGGAUCAAAUAAAGUAAAACCCAGCUUAGCAGAAGACAAGCCUGUGAAGGCUGGUCCAGGGAGGCCCAGGAAAGUGGCCAAAGUAGAGGACAAAGUUACAGAUCCAGGGAGAUGCAGAGAAGUGCCUGAAGUGGAGGAGGAGGAGGAGGAUGAACUGGAGAGAGAGUUUCCAUGCCCCUCCUGUGCAGAGGUUUUCUCUCUGCAGUCGCGGCUCCGGGAGCACGUGGAGCUCCACCAGUCCUCCGUGAGGAGGAGACAGUGCAGCGUGUGCACAAGCGAGAUGGACACCUGUAAAUGGCCGGGCUCGAAGAGACAGAGGCUCUACCACUGCGUGCCUUGCCAGCAGGGUUUCGCCGCACUGGACUCUUUCCUAGAACACUGUCAGGAGCACCUCCGAGUCAGGGUGGAGGAGGACAGCAUCACAGAGGGCUACGCACAUCAGGCCAGCAAAGCCUGAGAUCCGGUUUGAAUGUCGUCAGCAAUUGCCUUUUUUCACUUGAGGGGUUAGAGAGUGGAGAGUGAUUUAAAUCUCUAUGAAAUUCUUGUUGAUUUACCAGUUCACUGAUUGAGCAUUCAGGACAUCUUGUUUUUUUACAUGCCAUGUCGGUUUAUUGUUCUCCACAGCAACAUAACAAGGGUUGACUAGAAUGAUUGUUUAAGGACCACACCAGGCUUUUUGCAUGUUUUAUUUAGGCAUUUCAUUACAAAACACAUCCACCUCACCCACAAUACUUUCUACAUUAUAGGCAGCCACCUGUUUCACGACCAGUACAGUAUGUGAAUCAGCUUGUGUGAGUGCCAUUACAAUGACCAUUUGGUAGUUCUUGUACAGUCAAACAAAGCAAGAACCAAAUGUUGGCAUGGUAAAUUGUAUGCACCACUUAUGAACACUUUUCAAAUUCAAAAUCAGUUUCAGCUUUAUUAAAGCAUAGAUAUAUAACACUACUUUGACUAAACAUAAAGCCGACAGGUUCACUGUGAUGCAUGACUCACUCUGGUGUGUCUGCAAGUUGGUUUUCAUAA